GGUAUUGGCUACGGAUUAUUCUAUCAAGGCGAUAAGACUUAAUAGAGAGAGAUAUAGUGAUUUUUUGACCGAUGAGCACACUUUACCAAAGUUUCAAAGUUUCAAAGUCACCCUAGAUAAAAUCAUAGAAUUUGUCAGUAAUGUCUCUCAGACUGCCGGUUUGGCAAAUUAUAAAUCACAUGAGGAAAUCGAGCAAAAGUUCUUUCAACUGAUAGAUGAGCUCGAUGAAAGUUCAAAGAGGUUAUAUUUUUCACCGAAUCCAUAUAGAAGGAAUUAUAACAAUUUUUUAAAACGUGACUUUCACGAAUAUGAAAAGUUUCUUGAAUAUAAUCCUAGAGUAGUUGAACAAUCAAAAAAAAUUAUGAAUUUGAUCGAAGAAGCCAAGAAACCAAGAACGGCCCCCCCGAGAAACAUGCCUAAAAGAGUCGAUAUAAAAGACUAUAAAACAAUAUACGAAAAACCUGGCACUCGAAUUCAAAAGCGAGUAAGCCGUUACAAUAAUAAUCAUGUUUUCGCUUUUAAAAAGAUUCCUGCAAACAUGUCAAAUGAUGCCAAAGAAAAUUUGUUCGAACGAAUUGCAAUUCUUCAGGAAUUUAAAAAUUCUACUUAUAUAAUUACAUUUUAUGGUGUUGCUGAGAGCGACAGAGAAAUUUACAUUGUUAUCGAAUGGGCCAAGUAUGGAAAUCUAAAAGAAUAUUACGAAGUUUUUGGUCCUCUUGAAUGUUCAAGGAAAAUACAAUUCUCUCUUGAUAUUUGUCGUGGGCUUAAUUUUUUGCAUGCCUCUGGAAUUUUGCAUCACGAUAUUAACUCCGAGAAUAUACUAGUAACGGAUAAUCAUAAGGCAAAGAUUGCAAACUUUGAUUGGAGUAAGGAAUCUGAGAAAUCGACGUUAAAAAGAAACUUACCCACCGACAACCUGCGAUAUAUGGCUCCCGAAAAGAUAAUGAUCAAGAAUCUAAAAUAUGACACAAAGUGUGAAAUUUAUAGUUUCGGAAUGCUUCUUUGGGAAAUUGCAGAAGAAAGAGUUCCGUAUUCGGAUGUGACCGAUUAUAAAAAAAUUUGCAAAUUGAUUACUGAAAACGAGCGCGAAGAAUUUUCCAAUAACAAUUUGCCAGAUAGAUGGAAAAGUUUGUUUAGAGAAAGUUCACACAUCGCGAACCUGAGAAACGACCAGACAUUCCAACAAUUUGCGAAAUCUUACGGGACAUGUAUGAGCAAAAACAAGAGUCAGAGAAUUGGAAGCUUCGACAGUAUCUUACCUAUAGACACAUUUGAUGGCAGUGUGGGAUUUGACGAUUCCAUCUUUAAGACGGUUAUAAAACUAGAUGAGGCAAUAGAAGAAUCCAGAAAAGAAGAUGGUGAUAUAGGAAGGGCCUGGGAGUGUUUUAAUGUAUACGCUAAAUUUGGCGUUCCAAUUGCUAAAUUUUGGAUGGGUUAUCUUCUAUAUUACAAUAAAAUAUUUUUUCAUAAUGAUGUGGAAAGGGAAGAAAAUAAGAUUCAAGAGGCGAUAAAAUACUUUAAAGAAAGCGCGGAUGAAGAAGUCGCAGACGCUCAACUGUACUACGCAGAUUGUCUUGUAAACGGAAAUGGUGUUAAGAAGGAUAUUCGAAAGGCAACUGAGUAUUAUAAAAAGUCGGCAGAUAAUGGAAAUAUAUGCGGAAUGUAUAGUUAUGGCAAUAUUAUUUAUAACGGAUUUGGUGGGACAAAAAACAUAGAAGAGGGAUUGAAAUAUUUGAGAAUGGCCGCGGAAAAGGGACAUAAACGGGCGAUGAAGUGUGUAGAGCGCUGGUGA